CUUCAGGUAAAAUUCUUGCCACCUGCCAUCUUUUUUUCUCUGCUACAAGGAAUCUUAUCACUAUAUAAAACCCAGUACCACUGCUUCCUUUGGAUCUUGUUUUCGCCAGCAAAAAGGAAAAAAAAGAAGUUUCAGAAAAAUCAAUUCAAGAUCAUGAAAGCAGAGAAUGGGCUGCUGUAUCCUCUACUCGGCAUUGGCACCUUAAUAGCCUUUGUAUUCAUGUCCUUUGGGGAGUUUAGCUUCCACACUGAGGAGCCCAAAUUGAGCUUUGUUCAUAGGGAGGGGACACAGUUCAUGGUGGAUGGGAGAGCAUUCUAUGUGAAUGGGUGGAACUCCUACUGGUUGAUGGAUCAAGCUGUGCAGGAGUUUAGUAGGCCAAGGAUUGGCAAAAUGUUCCGAAUUGGCGCCAAAAUGGGGCUCACUGUUUGUAGAACUUGGGCCUUCAAUGAUGGUGCCUACAAUGCUUUACAAGUUUCGCUAGCCCGUUUCGACCAACGGGUUUUUAAGGCGCUCGAUCAUGUUAUUGUGGAAGCACGAAAACACGGGAUCAGAUUGAUUCUUAGCUUAGUCAAUAAUCUAAAACAUUACGGUGGGAAGACGCAAUAUGUUAAAUGGGCGUGGGACGAGGGCAUUGGAUUGAGCUCCUCGAAUGAUUCUUUCUUCUUUGAUCCGUUGAUUCGGGGUUAUUUCAAGAUUUAUCUCAAGGCGAUACUGACGAGGAAAAACCACUUGACUGGAAUUGAAUAUAGAGAUGAUCCGACCAUCUUCGCAUGGGAGUUGAUGAAUGAGCCUCAAUGUGUAUCAGAUGCAUCUGGCGACACCCUUCAAGAUUGGAUUGAAGAAAUGGCCGGAUAUGUGAAGUCAAUUGAUAGGAAGCACCUGUUAACAAUUGGAGUCGAAGGGUUUUAUGGCCCGACGAGCCCUCAAGAGAAGUUGAGUGUCAAUCCAGGGGAAUGGUACGGCACCGUAGGAUCAGACUUCAUUCGCAAUUCGAAGAUCUCAACAAUCGAUUUCGCUUCCGCGCAUGUUUAUCCUGAUCAGUGGUUACCUGAAGCCACACUUGAUGAGAAAAUCAAAUACAUCUCCAAGUGGGUGACUUCUCACAUUGAAGAUGGUGAAAGAGAGCUAAACAAGCCCGUGCUAUUCACGGAGUUCGGGCUCUCAAAGAAGAACAAGAACUUUGAUUACUCCCAUCGAGAAUUGUUCUACAAGUCCGUUUUUGAUAUUGUUUAUGAGUCAGCAAAGCAAAAUGGAGCAGGGGCGGGCGCCCUCAUAUGGCAACUCUUGGUUGAAGGGAUGGAGGAUUACAACGACGAUUUUGGAUUCGUCCCCGGGGAGAGAACUUCAGUAGACAAGCUGAUAAAACAGCAGUCGUGCAGGCUCGCGGCAUUAAGACACGGCGACGACCCGACAAGAAGAGCUGCCAAGAAGAUUUGCUAAAUGUAUCAAAAUUUUCUUUGUUUUUGCUUUUUUGUGCUCACUCAGUAUCUCUUUCUGCAGUUCAUUUAAGCUGCCUAAUAGGUAUUCUGUUAGGUGGAGGAUUGGUUAGUCUUGUUUUAUUGUUUUGAUCAUUACCUACGGGAGAGUAUAUUCAUUUUGUGUUGUUCAUCUAAUUAACCUAUAAUAAUUUUAAUGAAAACAUUAAUGCUUUUGGUUUGCUGGAUGAA